AUUCUUGAUCCUUGCCCAAAAGAUAAAGAGUCGAAUCGUAGGCGAUACGCGGGCAAAUGUCAUUCUCGAUCUCAAUCUUCUCAACCAAAACUUCCAAAACCCUUUCGUUUCCUUUUCUUAUCAAGAACCCUAAAAGAACCCUAAUUUCAUCUUCAAUUUCACCCAAAUCCAUGGCUUCUUCCUGGACCUGCUCCAGAUGCACAUUCAUCAACACAAAUCCCCUAAACCCCAAAUGCCAGAUUUGCUCAUCAUCACAAUCCCCACCACCAUUUUCAUCUCCACUAUCACCAUCUUCAUCAAACGAAGAAAAAUGGUCUUGUAAAGCUUGCACCUUUUUGAACCCAUAUAAAUUAUCCAGCUGUGAAAUCUGUGGGACUAGAAACUCAUCGUUUUCGUCGAAUUUGAGGCUGGAAGAUGAAGAAUUGGAGAUGGGUUCUUCUUCCAUUGUUGGGAAUGUUUUCUUGCCUUUGUUACAGAGAGGUAGUAAUGGUAAGAGGAAGAUAGGUGAUGAACCAGUUGAAGUUGAUGAUGAUGAUGAUGAUUGUGUUGAUUUGGGGGUUUCUCGUGGGUUUAAAUCUGUUGAUAGAAAAAGGGUCGAUUCAGUUACAAUUCCCGAUCGUUUUAUUGAUUUGGGAGGGUCUCGUGAUGUUAAAUCCGUUGAUAAAUCAUCGGUUGCCUCCGAUGAAACCCGACCGAAAGAGGAUUUAAUGACGCUGAAAAUUUUGAGUUAUAAUGUUUGGUUUGCAGAAGAUAUCGAGCUUCGUAUAAGAAUGAGAGCCAUUGGCGACAUUAUUCAGUUACAUUCUCCGAACGUCAUAUGUUUGCAGGAGGUCACUCCCGAUAUCUAUGCAAUUCUUCAAAGAGCGGAAUGGUGGAAAUCGUAUAAAUGCUCGCUUUCUUUCGAUAAGGCGAUCACACGGCCGUAUUUUUGCAUGCAGCUUAGCAAAUUGCCGGUGAAAUCGUAUAGCUGCAAGCAGUUUAGCUAUUCCGCAAUGGGAAGAGAGUUAUGCAUUGCGGAAGUUUCGGUCCCCGGAGAUACUCCGUUGGUGGUGGCCACCAGCCAUCUCGAGAGCCCGUGCCCGGGCCCACCGAAGUGGGACCAAAUGUACAGUAAAGAACGGGUCAAACAAGCGAACGAAGCCGUUGACUUUCUCGAGAAACACCCGAAUGCGAUCUUUUGUGGCGAUAUGAAUUGGGAUGACAAGUUGGAUGGCGAGUUUCCGUUGCCGGAUGGGUGGAUUGACGCCUGGAAGGAACUGAAGUCGAAAGAAACUGGAUGGACUUACGAUACAAAGUCGAAUUUGAUGUUGUCGGCUAACCGGAAGCUGCAAAAGCGGCUCGACCGAUUCUUGGUCGGUUUGCGUGAUUUCAAGAUCGAGCAGAUUAAGAUGGUCGGGACCGAACCGAUACCGGGCGUGACAUAUUUGAAGCAGAAAAAAGGCGGAAAAGAGUUGGAGCUUCCCGUUUUGCCGAGUGAUCACUUCGGCUUACUGUUAACUAUUUCCGCAAGGUGACUCGAUUGUGUCGAUAGAUGUCGUUUUUGUGUCGAUGUUUGAUGACUGAUUGUUGGUUGUUUGUAUGCUUUUGUGGAUCGAUCGGUUCCACAAUUUUUGUGAAAUUUUCGUGUGAAUACGAAUGUGAAGCAAUAUUACGAGCAACUCGUAAAUGCUUAUCCUAUGCUCGUUAUUUAGCAUCGAUAUUUGGUUUCGGUUUUCGGCUUCAUUUUUUUACCUUUUGAGUGGAACCGAAUAAUCGACCUAUCAUCGUUCUGGUUUUUCUGUAGACCUAUUUACAAAGAGUAAAUUAGUAAAUUGU